AUGCUGGUAUCGUCGUUGGUAAUGAGGAGCAGAUGUGCUUCGACCACCACCACAGUUUCUACUAUUUCAUGGACAGAGUUUUUUGCCAUGCGCAAAAACAAGAAACUUGUUGAACGCACUGUGGGUGGUCUUGGUGGAGUUUUUGGUCUCUCGCUUGGUUCAUACUAUUUCUUAUUUGUUGCCGAGUUUGAUCCAUUUCAGCAGAUUUGGGGUUUGGAUCCAUCAAUGCCAUACAUGCUGGGUGCAUUUUCUACAGGAAUUGUUUCGGCUGUUGCUGGAAGUCUUGGUGCCAAUCAGCUAUGGCGACUUAUGCGCAAUCCAUCGAUGCUGAGGGCCUUUGAUUUGAAGGAAAAGGAGUUUCACCAGCGCAUUCUCAGACAUAGACCGAAAGAAUUGCCGCUAUUUACAACUGCAUCACCUACCAGACCUCCUACUCCUCCUGAUUAUUAUGGAGAGCACAUUUACUCUUUUUCAGGUUAUCGAAAAUGGAUUAGAAGACAGCGUAAGUUUAUUGCAGCUACUGCCGAGUCUUCUCCAAAAUAA